AUGAUAUUCGUUGAUUUCGUGAAUCGAAAAGUGCAUGAUGAGAACGAACCUUCUAUCUACACCUACAAACGCAUCAUGAUUCUUGGAGUGUAUUUCCAACGAUGUCAAUCCAAUGAUACCUCUAAGGGUAAUUACAUUGCUCUUACCGCGGAGGCUUACAAGUCUCUGAAGCGUCAUAGAAUCUUUGGACAUCGCAAUAUUGACGCAACCUUCGGUUUAUUGCACGAUUCCUUCAAAGAUGUAGGAUUUAUAUCCAGAUAUGAUAUCGAUGUACUUCGGAAAAAUAAGUAUCUGUGUUUCAAUCGUAAUUACCUCGACUCCUGCUUCGUGGAUUUGACCGAAUGCGUGGUGUAUCGAUACCUCGCCGGCGAUGAGUAUGUGAAUUUACUCGGUGUUCAAUUUAGAUGUGUUUUCGUUGAGGACUGCCUCAGAAUGUGUCCGGGUUUUCGUAUCAGAGAAGAUCGCAUGCAGUUGCUCAGGCAGUAUUAUGCAACACAUGGAAAUGAUCCUGUGUCUGUUUUGAGUGUGUUGUUGUCCAAGACCAUUGCCUUUGAAUCGAAACUGUAUAACCGCAUGCUAAAUGGUAUUAUUUGGAAGAUACCAUCAGCUGCACCGGAAUGUUCGGCGUCUCAUGGAUCCGGUGAAGAGUGCAACAUCGACAUCGCCGAUGGAGAAAUUGUCUUUACACCCAGUGAGCAGUGCAACACUGAGAUCGUGGAUGGAGAAGUUGCCGCUGAAUUCGAUGAGGAGUGCAACUUCGACAUCGUCGAUGGGGAAUUUGUCUUUACAUCCAGUGAGGCUGUUUAA